CGUAGAAGGCAGGCUCUAUGUGUCAGCGCUCUCCUAGCGGAACAACGACUCGAGAGGAUCCAAUGAGAUCACGCCGCGUUCUGGGCCCUAUGGUGAGAACAAGCCGGUGAUAUAGCAAGGGAAAAAUCAAGAAACCGUUAUUAGUGUGGCUAUGAAGAGAUUUUCAGUCAAUACAUAUAGCCAACAGUAAGAAGCAUACAACGCAAAUAAUACGAGAUUGGAAGUUUUAGCUUGUUGCAAGUUAAGUCGUGCUCUCAUUUUGUUGAUAUUUUUGUGUAAAUCAGCCUGCUUCAAAAAACUCAACUGCUGCCGGCUCGAGAAGGUCACCAUGAGGAGGAAGAUGUUAUGGGCUCUCUUCUGCCUUGUCCUGGCUCUGCUGCCUUCACAAACAGCCUCUGUAGCAGUCAUGUCAGUUGACCUAGGCAGUGAGUGGAUGAAAGUAGCGAUAGUAAAACCUGGCGUGCCAAUGGAGAUUGCUUUAAACAAGGAGUCCAGGAGGAAAACUCCAAUAGCUGUGUGUUUGAAAGAAAACGAGCGACUUUUUGGAGACAGUGCAUUAGGAGUGUCUGUGAAGAACCCCAAAUUUGUCUAUAGGCAUCUUCAGAGCCUCCUGGGCAAGAAGCACGACAACCCACAGGUGGCGUUCUACCAGAAACGUUUCUCCGAGCACCAACUGGUGAAAGAUGCGAGUCGGGGCACAGUUGUCUUUAGAAACUCAGAAGAAAUGCAGUACUCUCCAGAGGAGCUCCUGGGCAUGGUUUUGAACUAUUCACGUGGACUGGCUCAGGACUUUGCAGAGCAGCCCAUCAAAGAUGCAGUGAUCACCGUCCCAGCCUUUUUCAAUCAGGCAGAGCGCAGGGCGGUCCUGCAGGCCGCACAGAUGGCAGGUGUUAAGGUUCUUCAGCUCAUCAACGACAACACGGCGGUGGCGCUCAACUACGGUGUCUUCAGGAGGAAAGACAUCAACAGCACAGCUCAGAACAUGAUGUUCUAUGACAUGGGUUCAGGCAGCACGACUGCAACCAUCGUCACAUACCAGACAGUCAAGACCAAAGAUUCGGGCACCCAGCCACAGCUCCAGAUCCGAGGAGUAGGGUUUGACCGCUCUCUGGGGGGCUUUGAGAUGGAUCUGCGGCUGCGGGACCACCUAGCCAAGCUGUUCAACGAGCAGAAGAAGACCAAGAAGGACGUGAGAGAGAACCACCGUGCCAUGGCCAAGCUACUCAAGGAGGCCCAGAGACUCAAGACGGUGCUGAGCGCCAACGCCGAAUUCAUGGCACAGGUGGAGGGGCUUCUAGAUGAAAUGGACUUCAAGGCCAAGGUGACCCGUGUGGAGUUUGAGGCCCUGUGUGCUGACCUGUUUGAGAGGGUGCCUGGACCCGCACAGGAGGCCCUUAGCUCUGCAGAGAUGUCCCUGGAUGAGAUUGAGCAGGUGAUCCUGGUGGGGGGCUCCACCCGAGUGCCUAAGGUGCAGGAGGUGCUGCUCAAAGCCGUUGGGAAAGAGGAGCUGGGAAAGAACAUCAAUGCAGACGAGGCUGCAGCUAUGGGUGCUGUGUACCAGGCCGCUGCCCUCAGCAAGGCCUUCAAAGUCAAACCCUUCCUGGUCAGGGAGGCAGCUGUUUUCCCCAUCCAGGUGGAGUUCACCAGGGAGACAGAGGAUGAGGAUGGCUCCAGGAGCCUGAAACACAACAAGCGUAUCCUGUUCCAGAGGAUGGCCCCCUACCCCCAGCGCAAGGUCAUCACCUUCAACCGCUACACUGAUGACUUUGCCUUUGACAUCAAUUAUGGAGACCUCAGCUUCUUGGGCCAAAAUGACCUCAGUGUGUUUGGCUCUCUCAACCUGACCACAGUGCAGCUGUCUGGGGUGAGCAGCAGCUUCCAGAAGCACAUGGAUGCUGAGUCCAAGGGCAUCAAGGCCCACUUCAACAUGGAUGAGAGUGGCAUGCUCCUCCUGGACCGAGUGGAGUCUGUCUUUGAGACCAUUGUGGAGGAGAAGGAUGAGGAAUCAACUCUGACAAAACUAGGAAAUACCAUUUCCAGCCUGUUUGGAGGGGGAUCCUCAGAGCCCAACGCAAAUGUGACGGAACCAGUUCAGGAUGAGGAGGAGGUUCAUUCAGAGCCUGGGAAGGAGCAGGGCCAGAAGGAGGAGGUUGCUCCUCAGGAAGAGAAGCAGGAGCCUGGGGAGAAACAGGAGGAGGAGGUCCCAACCCAAGAGAAGACUAAGGGAGAGGCAUUGGACAGCAAGGCUGACCCUCAGGAGGGAGGAAAAAAUGGAGUGGAGAAGGAGGCGGCGGAGGAGAAGGAGGCGGCGUCGGAGGAGAAGGAGGCGGCGUCGGAGGAGAAGGAGGCGGCGUCGGAGGAGAAGGAGGCGGCGUCGGAGGAGAAGGAGGCGGCGUCGGAGGAGAAGGAGGCGGCGUCGGAGGAGAAGGAGGCGGCGUCGGAGAAGAAAGCCAAGCCUCAGAAGAGAACCAAGUUCUCUGAGGAUGUCUCAGUGGAGCUCCAAGUGAACGACAUCCUUAACCCUAGCUUGGAAGCUAUCGCCUCCUCAAACAAGAAGCUCCAAGACCUGACUGAUAGAGACCUGGAGAAGCAGGAGAGGGAGAAGACCCUGAACAGCCUUGAGGCAUUCAUUUUUGAGACCCAGGACAAGAUGUACCAGGAGGAGUACCAGGCGGUGGUGUCAGAGGAGGAGAAGGAGGCCAUCACGACCAAGCUGAGCGAGGCGUCGGCCUGGAUGGAUGAGGAUGGCUACUCUGCAGUCACCAAGGAGCUGCGGGAAAAGCUGCAGGAGCUCAGGAAACUGUGCAAGGCCAUGUUCUUCCGUGUGGAGGAGCGCAGGAAGUGGCCCGACCACCUGGCUGCCUUGGAGAGCAUGCUCAACCACUCCAGCUUCUUCCUCAGGAGCGUCAAACUAACACCAGAAGAUGACCAAAUCUUCACCGAAGUGGAGCUGAAGACGUUAGACAGAGUCAUCAACGAGACCAUUACGUGGAAGAACGACACGGUGGCCGAGCAGGAGAAGCGUUCUCCCACAGAGCGGCCCGUGCUGCUGGCCAAAGACAUAGAGUCCAAGCUGUCUCUGCUGGACCGCGAGGUCCACUACCUGCUGAACAAGGCCAAGUUUGCCAAGCCCAGGGCCAAGGCCAAGGCCAACAGCACCGCCUCGGAGAGCAGCAGCAAGGCCAACCGCAGCAAAACAGAGGAGAAAGUCAUACCUCCCAAGGAGGAGACUAAAGACAAAGAAGCCACUAAGGUGGUGCAGCCAGGAGAGGAACCACCCACCAAAGAGCCCACUGGACAGAACACACACUCGUCCAGCCAAUCGCAGCCUAAAGAUGAAACUGCAAGUACAGAAUCAACAGAGAAAGACCCGUCAGAAAAGCAUGUAGGGGAUGAGUUAUAACAGCUGGAACUGAGAAGAUUUAAUUGUAUUUAUUGACAAUGUUUAAUUGUUCAAGUUUCCUCAAUUUUUGUUUUUAGGGGGGGGUUGUUUUUCCACCCAUAUGUUGAAAACCAGAAAGACAUUGGAUCAGCUCAGACACCUUGAGCUGUCUUAAUCCCCCCUCCUUUAUCAAUUUCUGUUGAUCUUCAUGCCCCUUGGCCGCUAUACAUCUCUCCUCUCACUGACAUGGUGAGCAAGGAGCACUUACGAAGUCUGGAAUAACCAGCGAAUGAACUGAACCCAAGACCUACUUUUCUGCCCCCUUUUCUGCCCUUCUACUUUUCUGCCCUUAAGGUUUAGGCAUACUUUCCUGCAUGCAAACAACCUUAUUUUGACCACUGUAUAAUUUCCCUGCAUAGAACAAGUACCUGAUACAAAAUGUUUUGUUUUGGAAGGACCAAUAAUAACAGGACUCAAUGUUUCCUCCCCUGCAAAAUUCAGCUUUUGUCGCAUUCUGUGAUCAAAAAAGGUUGUGACUUUUCCUCUCAAGCACGGUUAUCCUCAGAUCUUCUGUGGUUUCUUCAGGCAAAUCUUGCUUUCAUUCACUUUUAAUGUGUGCUCUGUCUGUUUGAGAAAGAUCUCAUUGGGAUUGAACUAGCUAAUAUAUACACCUCUUGGCAAAUGGAAUGGUGUGUUUCAGUUGUCUUUGAAUAUUGAAUUCCUCGCUUAAUGCCUUGUAUUGUCGCUGAGAAAAUGCAAAACAAUCGUGGUGUGUGUAUUCCGUACACCAUGAGGAAAAUUAUCGUCAAAAUAUGAUUGACAUUGACAACCAUCCACUGUGUUCAUGUGUAAAAUCCAUAUUUUAUGUUUUUCAGAAACCUCUCUCCAUGUUCUAAUUAGCAUUGUUCUUUCUGAAAAUGCAUAAGUGACUUAGGGUGAGGGGGAAAAAACAUGUUACAUUGAAUGACAGUUAUCUUUUGAUAUGCAAUACUUAUGUGCAGUCUAUAAAUUGUACUCAAUACAGAUAGUUCAGUAAACUUACUUCAAUCACCAAGGGGCUGCCAUGGGCUAUGUUCAAUAGGCGGAAAACAUUGUUGCAAUGGCACAUGACCAUAUUCCGUUGCAUAACGUUUUGUUACGAUAUGCCCUACUGAACACUACCCUGGUGUUUGUGUAUGGAUGCCAGUAUGAAUUUGAGGACUACUCGACUGUGUUGCACUGCCUGAAAAAAUAAGCAGAUAAUAUUGUCCAUGUUUCAAGCUGCUUGAACUUCUGGCAGCGGAGUCCCACUGGGUAAAUCAACAUUUCCACUUAAUUUCAAUGAAAUUAUGUUGAACCAAUGUGGAAUAGACGUUGAAUUGAGAUCUGUACCCAGUGGGGUGAUUUCUGCUCUUUGCGUCACCUCGGAUGGUUUGUGGGGGGGAAUAAACGGGAAGGGAGAUGCCAGCGUUUUUGUUUCUUAACUUUGAAUUCAUGUUUUUUAAGACGGGGUGUUUUUUUGUUUGUUUUUUACUGAAAUGAUGGAUGGAUUAACAGUGGCAUGUGUAUUUAUUCCCUCAAUCCAUGUCUUUAAAAAAUAAAGUGUCUUCAAAUACACAUUCAA